AUGCUGAUCCAGUACGCAUACAUCAAGCCGAGGUCGCAGUUCGGUAAGCAAUGCUUCUUCGAGGAGAGCGAGAUCAACGUGGAGGACAUCCCGCCGGAUCCGCAACUCAUGCGGCAGUACGUCCAGCAGAGCCACUGCGACCGCAGCGGGCAGAAGUCCGCGCAAUUUGCCCUUCAUGAGAUGCAAACCGUCAAUAAGAUGACGAACGAUACAGGGAUGUUUCACUUCGAGGGUGGUUGGCCCAAGGAGAUAAAUCCGAGGGACGAAGAAAUCACGUUCAAAUUUCGCCGGCGCUUCGAGAGGGGUGAGAGUUGGCCGCUGAAGAUGAAGAUGCUCGUCGACCCUAUGGAGCAUUACGUGAAGCAGAAUAAUGUGAUCAACAUCUACGAGCAUUAUUUCGACGACAUAGUGCCGACUGCGCUGAUUCUUCCUCGCGGUGUGAGAACGUUAAACGCAUACGUCGACCCGCAGCCCAUCGUAAGACCAGUCAGUCACCUGUCGUGGUCGUCCGGUGAACAUAAUCGAUUGGCCGGCGCCUACUCUUUCAUGGAGUUCGAGAGGCAACCACCCAGUGUGGAUCCUUGCUCCUAUAUAUGGGACAUCGAAAACCCGAACAAGCCGGUGAUGCAGCUGAGAUCAUCGUCGCCGCUAAUGACUAUCGAGUUUAAUCCACGCGACCCAUCGAUGCUCAUUAGCGGACUAAUGUCUGGCCAAGUGUGCAACUGGGACACCCGGAUUGGGAAUAGGCCAGUGCAAAUGUCCUAUCUUCAAUUUAGCCACAGGUACCUAUCCAUCUCCGAAUGGGAACCGCCUCGCUGCCAAAUUGUAAUCCCCGUCAUUCUCGUUUCUUCUCCCCUUCCGUCGCAAAGAAACCCGGCGAACCAGGCGCUCUGGCUCGUCUCCAAGACCAACACGGAGUUCUUCUCGUCGUCUACUGGCGGCACGGUCAGGUGGUGGGACAUCAGGAAGCUGAAGGAGCCCACCGACGUACUGGUGAUGGACCUGGACAACCCGGUCCGCGCGGACAUCGUCAAGGCGAUCGGUGUCACGUCGCUGCAGUUCGAGUUCACUAUGGGCUAUAAGUUCAUGGCGGGCAUGCAGAACGGCGUGGUGAUCAAUGUGAAUCGCCGGACGACUUCGUUGCCCGACAAGCUCGCUAACAGAUUCAACUGUCACCACGGCCCGGUCAUCGCAAUCGAUCGAAACCCCUUCAUUCAGAAGAACUUCCUCACCGUGGGCGAUUGCACCGCUAAGAUCUGGGCGGACGACACUAGAGAGGAUAGCUUGAUCACCAUCUGCGAGCAGAACGUUGAUUUGAGCGGAGGCUGCUGGAGCAGGGCCAGGCAUUCGGUGUUCUUCACCAUAAAUGUGAGAGGCCUACUUGAAGUAUACGACAUCCUUAACGGUGUGGACGCGCCGGUAGCCGAGUUCCGCGUGUGCAACCAGUGUCUGACGGCCAUCGCGCCGCACGGAGCCGGUCAUCUGCUGGCCAUCGGCGCUCACAACGGCAAGAUAUACCUGGUAGAGUGCGCCGAAGGACACACCGUCAGCACCAAAGCCGACAAGGCGAGCCUGAGCUUCUACCUUGAGAGCUGCAGUCGUUUCGAAAAGACCGUUGACACUCGAUCGAAGGAAAUACGGCUGAUGCGAGAGAAAGCCCACGAGGACUCCGCGGCGGACGAUCAUAUACGCCACUCGACGUCAAAGAGCAGGCAUAAGAAAGAGGAGGAUAAGAAGAAACAAAAGUCGAAGACGCAAGUUAAAGAAAGGGACGAGCACUUCCGAACGAAAUCUCGGUGGAGACGAAUGGCGAGAGAGGACUCGUUCUUGGACGACAACGUGCUAAUUGAAUCGCAAGCGGAAUAUUUUCGCACGGUGGAGAGGGAAUUCGCCAGCUACGCGCCUUUCGAGGAUGACGUCUACGAAGUGAUGGUCUCGCACGAGAUGUCGCGCAAACGAAAAAAGCGCGUGCCAGUGAAGGUGGAGGAGCAAAUUGUUGAAGAACAGAAGCAGCCAAAGCCCGUCAAGAAGGAAAAGACGAGGAAAGCGAAGAAGCUCAUAUCUCCGGCCGAGUCUUCACCGGAAGUGUCUGAAGAAGUGCAGGCAACGAUAGCGGCGCCAAUCGUGAAAAAGGGAAAGAUGAGGAAACGUCGCAAAGACGAGAUUUUGGCUAAGGUCUGCUCCGUCGAGGUCUGCCUGCCGGAAAUCUGUUGCGCGGAUAUAAAAGGUGAGCUCCCUAAUUAUUUACACUUGAAUCUGGUAUCUGUUCUCGGUGUAGAAACACACUCGGUCCCCUAUGUUUCAGAGCAACGAAAAUCUGAAUUUCGGAUGCGACUUGCCGCGAAGAAGAAGAAAGAUUCUUCGCGGGACGUCACACCGAAUCCACGGCCGGGGCAAUCGACCGAUCUCGCGGAGGAGCUGUCGGAGCGUGCGGUAACCUGGGGAAGAAGAAUCCCGGUGCAGGGCGAGUCGCUGGCGCUCGUCCUCGCGGAAGAGGCCGAGCAAGCCAAGAGGGAAGUGCGCGCUUGGCAGAGGAGAGUCAUGUCGGGGAGACGUGACUUCUGGCUAAGCUCGCAAACGAGCGAGAUGGUACACGGGAAUCCGGAAGGAGAAGAAGAGGUCGGUGGCGACGACAACGAGUCGUCUCGGAGGGGCACGUCAGAGGGAAAGUCGGAUUAUCAACAGUCUGCAGAAACGAGCCCGAAGAAGAAGUCGCGGAACGAAGGCGAUAGCGAGACUUCGUCGGUUAUUCGAGGGAAAGCGAGGCGUCUCCAUCUCGAGAAGUGCGCCCAAGAGGACAACGUGCAUUCCAUGUCAUCCGCAUAUGCGUCCGUGCAUCCUGACGAUGCGACGGAAACGCCGACGACCAUGUCGACGCGGCACGAGUAGGGGCGACAAUUAAUAAUUUGGUACUCGCGAUGUCUUUCGGCGGCCGUGCCGGUUGAAAUUCACGGGCGAUAUUAAAAUUCCGAUUACGAGAGCAAGACGUAAUCGCGAUCCAGGAUCGUCGUUUGAAAAAUCGCAGAGGGAACGUCUUGGACGUGCGUUGUGCAUUCGCGUGAGGGAAAGAAAUUAAUCAGUCGAGUCGACAGAGUGAUUUCAAAAGAGCGUAAUGAGGCUUCAACGCGAGAAUUGCACGAUAACGAAUCAAUCGCUGAGUCGCAACGGACGCGUCGGCGUGGUCGACGAGCGUCGUGUCGCAAAAAUGCGGGAAGCUUGCAUUCAAUAUCUCUCUACUCGAGCCGAUAAGCCGAGUGCUUCUCAGGAUGCCUCGAGAUUUUGAGGAAGAGAAAUCGCGAGAGCUCGGCCGUUCUGUCGACAGGCGCCGUGGAAAAACGGAGGAAUGAUCUCUUCGAAGGAAGUUCAACUGAAGCAGAAGUUGGCAACGGGCACUCCGCCGUUUCAAUGGAUUCGCAAGACUUUCGACGCGGCGCUUCGCCUUCAGAGAAGGAGCGAAUCAAAUAGACUGGAUAUUGUCGAGUGAGACAGAUCGCUCGCGUAUAUACGGGCGUUAGGGAAAUCGCGAGGGCCGGUGUAAGUACGCCCGGUGGAAGUUUUAAAAACGCGGGGGAGAAGAGGGAGGGAGAGAACGUCGCAGUAAUGGCUCCGUCCCGAGGAUGGAAACGGGGAAUAUUAUCGCCGGCUCCGCGUUGAAAUUCUCCUCGGGCAUUCCGAUAGACCGAGAGGCAGGAGCAAGCCCGGCAGCAAAAGGAGGAUCGAAACUUAAGACGGUAAAUUGCCGAAAUUACCGCUAGGAUCAAAGGGGAGCUCUGCCAUUAAAGUUCUCGCCCGAUUAAUCGAUCACCGCGACGAAAGCGCCGGGAUGAAAGCACAGCUGUGCGGAAUAGGGAUCGCAGCCUCGGGCACAUCCUCGCGCGUCUCCCCACCCCGUCUCGGACUUCGAGAUGAGAAUCCCACGGAAUUGGAAAUAAGAGCGACGCGCUCUCGCGAAAAAAAGUUCCGCUCGGGAACCCCGGAGGGACGGAGUUUAAAAAUUCAGGCAGACGCGCCCGCACUCCGCUUAAUCCGCGAGAGGCGUCCUGCAAAGUUUGCGGUGCAUCUGAAAUGCCGGCGGAUUAAGCCAAUAUAAAUUAAAUUAUGGAAAUCGCCAUCGGUGCGCGGGGCCGCGUUUCUACAAGGGUCGCAUUUUCACUUCGAGAUACACGAGAGUAAAAGACUUUGAACGAACAGCGAAAGAAGCAGCAGAAGAAGAAGAAAAAAGAUCAAACUGUUUCGCGAUCCGUUCCUUUGGAAGCGAGUUUCUUGAAUGAAUUAAUAAGCCUUUAUCGAUU